UCUGUCUCGCUGCGGCCGCUGCACAACAAAGAAGAAGGACCCAGGAUGGUGUUAGUACACGUCGGAUACCUGGUUCUCCCCGUCUUCGGCUCAGUUAGAAAUAGAGGAGCACACUUCACCAGGCAUCACAAUAGCCAUGCUACCUCCUGCCGACACUUUCACCUGGGCGCUCCCCAGGCGCCCAUCUCAGCCGAGUUCCCUCUGGGACACACCAGCCAGCCCCCUCAGACAGGCCUGGCCACCCACCUGCCCCCGGCGCACCAUCCGCCCCUCACUGCCCUGCCCGCACCCCCCCAGUUCCAGGAUGUGCCGGGGCCUCCAUUCCUACCUCAGGCCUUACACCAGCAAUACCUCAUCCAGCAGCAGCUUCUUGAAGCGCAGCACCGCAGGAUCCUCCCGCACUCCAGAAGAACCCAGGAGCGUAUUCCCCUGAACCCUCACCGACUGCGCUCAGGCUACGAGUUCUCCCCCCCCCUCCAUGUUCCACAGCCGAUGACACAGCAGCCGCGGUACCUGGCCGAAGGCACCGACUGGGACCUGAGUGUGGACGCGGGCAUCCCUCACCACCAGUACCAGCUCCAGCAGCUCCCUCAGCACUAUCAGCAUUACCUGGCCUCCCCUCGCAUGCACCACUUCCCCAGGAACACAUCCUCCGCACAAGUGGUCGUGCAUGAAAUCAGAAACUACCCGUACCCCCAGCUGCACCUGUUGGCCCUGCAAAGUCUGAAUCCUUCGAGGCACGCCACUGCUGUGCGAGAGAGUUACGAGGAGCUGUUGCAGCUUGAAGACCGGCUGGGGAGUGUAAGCAGAGGAGCUGUUCAGACGACCAUCGAGAGAUUCACCUUUCCACACAAAUACAAGAAGAGAAAGCCACUGCAUCUGAAGAUCGGAGAGGAGGAGGAAACCGAUGUGGAUGAGAAGUGUACGAUCUGUUUGUCUAUGCUGGAGGACGCAGAGGACGUCAGGAGACUGCCCUGCAUGCACCUCUUCCACCAGGGCUGCGUGGACCAAUGGCUGGCCACCAGCAGGAAGUGUCCAAUCUGCCGCGUUGACAUCGAAACACAGCUGAGCCCUGACAGCUGAUGAGAUUCAACCCACGCACGCACACACCCACCCCUCCACACACUUGUCAAUCACCGUUGUGUGGUUCCACGCUUUCUUCCACCCCAUCCCCCACCACACCCAACUGUCGGGUGCUUUGCCAAAUGUCUCCAGACGUCAUGUGACAUCACCACCCUCCCUUCUGACUCAUGCUUUACUGAGCCAAGCCAGGAUAACUAACUGCACGAGAGGCCGCGACAGAGUCUCUUUUAUAUAGAAGCACAUCCUUCUGGAAGCAAAAGACAUGCAAACACACACACACUCACACUCACACUCACACACACACACACAGUCAUGUACACAGGGUUUACUUGUAGCUUGCUGCUUGUCAGUUGGGUGUUGUUGCUGUGGUAGUGUUGUACUGUAGGUAGCCCCGGGCUGUGUAGCAUGUCCUUAAAGCCAUGACUGAAUGUCCCGAGAGUGGAAUCAUAACCCCACAGUGAGCUGGCUACUUUCUCCCUCUCUCAUACAUGUAUUAUGAGAGAGUGUAUUAUACA